AUGGCGGACGCGGGGGCGCUGCGGGAGCAGGCGAAGGAGCUAAUGGCGCGGCGCGACAAUCUCGAGGCGCAGAUCAACGCGAUCGCCGCGAGAUUGAACGCGCCUGGAGGAGGCGGAACCAACGAGAGCCUGGUGGAUAAGGAGGGCUUCCCUCGUGCCGACAUUGACAUUCCUCGAGUCCGCUCCGACCGACACCGCCUCGCAACGCUCCACUCGGACCACAAGCAGCUGACAGGGCAGAUCGAGUUGCUGCUGGGCCGGGAAUGUUGUCGAGCUGCUGGUGACUCCGCGACGAUGGAGCGGACGAGGAUUACUCGGGUGUCAUCUCUCUCCAUUGUCGCAUGUGAGAAGGUUUUCUCCACUUCCUUUUCCCCGUUUCCGCCUCUCUCUGUGAAGCACGUUUCGUUGCGUUGGAUUCGUCACUCCUGUGCGUGCACCGACGAGCCGUUAUCCUUCGGGGUCGUCGUCACAUCAAUCUCGUCCGCAUUCCGCGGGUGGAGCAGCAUGGCGGGGCCGGUGGUGAAGGAGGGAGCGCGCCUGUUCCAGGGCGUGGAGAAGGACUCGCUCGCCUUCAAGCUCAUGAAAAACAUGGGCUGGGAGGAGGGCAAGGGGCUGGGGAAGCACGGGCAAGGCAUCGCGACUCACGUGCGCGUGACGAAGAAGUUCGACACGGCAGGCGUGGGGAUUGCGGAGGCGAAGAAGGCGACGUGCAAUUGGUCCGUCAAUACCGCCGUCUUCGACGACCUUCUCAAGCGCCUCAACGUGGCCGUAAACGACGGCAAGAGUCGCCAGCAGCAAGCAUCUGACUCUUCCUCUUCCGACUCGUCUGAUGACGACAAGAAGGAUAAGAAGGAGAAGAAAGAGAAGCGGAAGCAGGCGGAUGAGGAGACAGAGUUGCCCAAGCGGCAGAAGCUUGUGCGACCACAGGGCCGGUACCACCGCAGGGAGGCGGGCAAGUGCGUCAAGUCCUACUCCACCAACGACCUCUCCGCCAUUCUGGGUGCCGUUCCCACGUCGUCCCCUCCUGCGCCGCUCACUCCUCGCCUCGACCCCACGGCCACUGCAUCUCCCUCCUCUGCCGCCCUCAACCCUCCCACCUCCCCACAAUCCACACCUGCUGCAAACGCAUCCUCUCCUUUAGUGCCAACAGCAGCAGGAGCUGAAUCAUCCGCACCCGCAGCAGCAGCAGGGCGGGUACAGAAGCGGGUGGUGAAAUCCGCUUCAGAUACAGCUCUUUGCCACAGCACCAGCAGCGCUACAGGGUCGAAAAAGAAAGCUGCCGGAGCGGCAGGUUUGGCCGAGCCUAAGAAGAGCGGGUUGUUGGAGCUGGAGUGCCAGAAGCAGUUUGUUUUCCCGCCGCUGCCUGCCGAUUGGUGGGGCUCGAGGUUCGGGUUCGUGCGCGGGUCAGGCUCGGGAGCCGGGCGGCUGACGAACGAGGGAGGGGAGGAGGAUGGAGAGAAGAAGGCGGGUUUCAGCGAGCAGGAUCAGGAGAAUCUCUACAACCUCGUGCAUGAUCACGCGACGAGCGGCAAGCAAGGGCUGGGCAUCGGCGACCUGCCGCGGAAGGUGGCGGGGGCUCGAUGGAAGGGCACCAAACAGACGUUCGAGGAUUUAGAAGAGGUCAGCGAGGAGGAGGAGAAUGAGAGUGAGGUGGAGCAGGAGGUGGAGGAGGUGGAGGAGGAGGGAAAGGAAGAGGUUAGGGAUGCUGGUCGUGCGGCAACGGGCACAGAAGAGGGUUUAGCGUCAGAAGGUGCAGAAGGGGCGGUUUUGACACGUGCUGCUGAUUCUGUCGCUGCUGCUGCGGAUGCAGGAAGGGGUGAUGGUGCUGGGUCAGCGGAGCAGGAGGGGGGGGAGAGGGAGGGGAAGAGUAAGAAGCGGAAGAGAGAGGAGCGGUCGAGGAAAGACAAGGGUGGGAAAGCAGAUAUGGCGGGUGAAGCGGUGGUGGGGGUUGCAGAGAGGCGGAGAGCGGUGAUUGGAAAGAGAUGGCAGCACAAAGAGAAGGCUGUGAAGGAAGAGGUGAAAGAGGAGGGGAUUGGUGCAGAGGAGAAGGGAAUGGAAGGUGGGGCAGGUGGCAGCAGGAAGAGGCUGAAAAAGGGUAGCAGCUCUGGCAGUGAAGCGGCUGACGGCUCAAAAGAUGGAGUUGCGUUGAAGACUCGGGUGAAACGCGCUGUGAAGAAGGCUCUGCAAAAGCAGGAGGGAGAGGCAGGAGUGGCGUUGGCCUCUCUGCGUGACACAGUGGGGCAGCAGCUGGAGCUGAGCAAAGCGGAGAAGAAGCAGCUUGUCAAGAUCAUGGACACCAAGUUGCCUGGAUGGGCUUUUGUCAGUGUAACUGCUGGCAUGGUUCAGCUACGAGCAUGA